CAGCGGUCGCGAGAUGACGCGACGCUUGUCGCUUGCGUGUACACGCCCUGCGCAGAUAUCAGCGCCGACUGCUCGUCAGCGGUGUUAGCGGUGUUAGUCGUCCCAGGCACUACAGGAACUACAGGCACUACAGGUGCUUCCCUCGGCUGCCUCAGCUGUGUUAUUCUUCCGUUAGUUGUUGGUGAUUGCGUGCAUUCGGUGCGCCGUGUGAAUGUAGUACAGCUGCGCUGCCAGCCGCAUCCGCAGGUGACAAGUUGUGCAGGAUUCGGACCGUGCGAGCUCUUUAUAGCUCGUCAGUCUCGCGCCUAAUCUCUUACCUGCAGUGCGGACUGACCUUCCGGCGUCUUAACGCCCUACCUGCGACAUGCCGUGUUGUUUGGUGUCGUGGGUCCUGUAUGUGGCUUUACCGUGGCUCAUGGCCUUCGCUGCGUGGCUGAAAAUAGCCGACGCUGACCUCACGCUCCUGUUCAAGUCCAAGUUCGGACGUUCGAUAGCAACCCUGAAAGGAAAAGUGAUUUGGAUCACGGGCGCAUCGAGUGGAAUUGGCGAGUACCUUGCAUAUGAGCUGGCAAAAGUGGGAUCAUGCCUAGUCCUUUCUGGCACCAACCUGGAGAACCUAGAGCAUGUGAAAAACCACUGCCUUGAGUUUGGAAAAGAAAAGGGGACGGAAGUCCUUGUACUUCCAUUCAGCAUUUGCGACUUUUCAUCGCACAGCGAACAGCUUCAGAAGGUCUUGGACCGUUUUGGCAAGCUGGACAUCCUGGUGAACAAUGCUGGGCGCAGCCAGCGUGCCUCCUUUGAGGAGAUUCCUGUCGAGAUCGACAAGGAGAUGUUUGACUGCAAUGUCUUCGGUGCCAUAUCUCUUACGCGGGUUGUUGUGAAGUACUUCAAGGAAAAGAAUGUGAUAGGUCAUGUUGUCGUCACCAGCAGCACGGCUGGAAAGCUUGGUGCACCUUUCUCGGCCACCUACACUGGUUCCAAGCAUGCACUGCAGGGCUACUUUGAGUGCUUGCGGCUGGAAGGUGUGCUCCUGGGAGGUUUAGACGUCACCAUUGCCUGUCCGGGACCCGUAUUUUCACGUAUCCGGGAGCGUGCAUUUACUGCCACCCCUGGCAAGCUGUACAACAUGAAGGACACCCCUAAGUCUCGGCUCAUGCCCACUGAACGCUGCGCUCGGCUCAUGGCUGUUGCCAUAGCCAAUAAGAUGGACGAGGUCUGGAUUUCCGAGAAUCCCAUCUUGCUCACCAUGUAUUUGGCACAGUAUGUGCCAUCUAUAUUCAGAAACUACGUCAUGAAGUUGCUCUUCACAAGAGAAAGGGUGAUGAAGCUGAGGGAGGGCCAGUAGGGAGCUGCUGAUACAUUCCAGUGGCUGAUUCCUGUGCACUAGUUGGGUGUAUGGCUCGUAAAGCGACCUUAUUUUUCCAGUACCUGUUGUUUGCUUACACUCUUGCUUAUAAGCACACAAAUUGGGAACAUGCUGUAGCAUUAUGCAAGGUACAUGGCAUGUUGAUCAUGCCUAGCUUAGUGUGCAUGUGCAAGUGUAAUAUGUGCGCGAUUUUUAAUAAAUACCAUGAAGAUCUCUUUUGAUAAAAUCGUGAAACAGAUUAUUUCACAAGGGCAGCUGUGCAGUGCCGAUGAAUUUGUAUUAAUAUGACUGAUAUUGUUGCAGAGAUGUUUUUUUUUCCACAGAAUAAAAAGCAGAGUUCAGAACGGA